AUGGCGUCCGCACUCCUCCGCAGCUUCUUCUCCCCCGCCGCCGCCCUCACAGCCAAGCUCCCCUCGGCAUCAAUAUCGCCCAUCUCCAGACUCCAAACAGCAACAGCCUCACCACUCCUCUUCUCCUCGCCGCUCCUGCGCGCAUUCUCGACGACCCCCGCGCCGCAGGCCACGCUCAACCAGGUCCUGCGCGGCAUUCGAAAGGGCAAGCGGGCGCGCCACGCCGUUUCGCCUGCGCUGUCCAACACCCAUUGUCCUGCUCUCAAGGGCGUGUGUCUCCGUGUCGGUGUUGUGCGGCCCAAGAAGCCCAAUUCUGGUGAGCGCAAGACGGCGCGUGUCAAGUUGUCUUCGGGGGCUGUCGUGACGGCGUAUAUCCCUGGUGAGGGACACAAUAUCCAGCAGCACAGCGUGGUGCUUGUGAGGGGUGGUAGAGCGCAGGAUUGCCCUGGUGUGCGGUAUCAUUUAGUCAGAGGAGCGUUAGAUCUGGGUGGUGUUGCGAGCAGGACAACGAGCAGGAGUAAAUAUGGUACUAAGAAGCCUAAGAAGGCUACCGUUGGCUAA